AUGUGGAGACUGCCCAUGCUCCACUUCAUCCACGAUCAGGGUUCCUACCAGCGUUGGUCAGCGGUGCGGACCUUCCUGGGGAAGAUGCAGGUCAUCUUGUGGCUGCUGCUGUCUGGUACCUCCCAGCCCCUCUCUCAGGGCCAGACCAACAUUCCUCUGGAAACAGUGAAGCUCUGGGCCAACACCUUUGGCAAGGACCUGUAUGACACAGUGACCAGAUAUUCAGGCUCCCUCUUGCUGCAGAAGAAAUACAAAGACGCAGAGCCCAGUCUGAAGAUCAAGGAGGUGGAUGGCUUGGAGCUGGUGAGGAAGUUCUCAGAGGACAUGGAGACCAUGCUGCGGAGGAAAGUGGAGGCUGUCAAGAGCCUGGUAGAGGCCGCCGAGGAAGCUGACCUGAACCAUGAGUUCAAUGCAUCUCUUGUGUUUGACUACUACAACUCCGUCCUGAUCAAUGAAAGGGAUGAGAAGGGCAACUAUGUGGAGCUGGGAGCAGAAUUUGUCCUCGAGUCCAACGCACAUUUCAGCAACCAGAGGGUGAACGUGUCCAUGAGCAGCGUGCAACUGCCCACCAAUGUGUACAACAAAGACCCAGAUAUUUUAAACGGAGUCUACAUGUCCGAGGCCCUAAACCCCGUGUUUGUGGAGAAUUUCCAGAGAGACCCCACAUUGACCUGGCAGUAUUUUGGCAGCUCAACCGGAUUCUUCAGGAUCUAUCCAGGGAUAAAGUGGACACCCGACGAGAAUGGAGUCAUUGCCUUUGACUGCCGAAACCGCGGCUGGUACAUCCAAGCCGCUACCUCUCCCAAGGACGUUGUGAUUGUGGUGGACGUGAGCGGCAGCAUGAAAGGGCUCAGGAUGGCUAUUGCCAAGCACACCAUCACCACCAUCUUGGACACCCUUGGGGAGAACGACUUCGUGAACAUCAUCGCGUAUAAUGACUAUGUCCACUACGUUGAGCCUUGCUUCAAAGGCAUCCUCGUCCAAGCAGAUCGAGACAACAGAGAGCAUUUCAAGCAGCUGGUGGAUGAACUGAUGGUCAAAGGUGUGGGCAUCGUGAGCCAAGCCCUGGUAGAGGCCUUCCAGAUCCUGAAACAGUUCCAAGAGGCCAGACAAGGAAGUCUCUGCAACCAGGCCAUCAUGUUGAUCACUGACGGGGCCGUGGAAGGCUACGAACCUGUGUUUGAGAAGUAUAACUGGCCAGACCGCAAGGUCCGAGUUUUCACGUACCUGAUCGGGAGAGAAGUGACCUUCGCUGACCGGAUGAAGUGGAUCGCCUGCAACAACAAAGGCUACUACACGCAAAUCUCCACACUGGCUGACGCCCAAGAGAACGUGAUGGAGUACCUGCACGUGCUCAGCCGUCCCAUGGUCAUCAACCACGACCACGACAUCAUCUGGACAGAGGCGUACAUGGACAGCAGGCUCUUCACCUCGAAGGCCCAGAGUCUGAUGCUUCUCACUACAGUGGCCAUGCCUGUCUUCAGCAAGAAGAAUGAAACCCGAUCCCAUGGCAUUCUUCUGGGUGUGGUGGGCUCUGAUGUGACUCUGAGAGAGCUCAUGAAGCUGGCACCCCGCUACAAGCUCGGGGUGCAUGGAUAUGCCUUCUUGAAUACUAAUAAUGGCUACAUCCUCUCUCAUCCUGACCUCCGACCCCUGUACAGAGAGGGCAAGAAGCUGAGGCCCAAACCCAACUACAACAGUGUGGAUCUCUCUGAAGUGGAGUGGGAAGACCAAGCUGAAACGCUGAGAACGGCCAUGAUCAAUGGGGAAACGGGUUCUCUCACCAUGGACGUGAAGGUUUCACUGGACAAAGGGAAGCGGGUUCUGUUCCUGACCAAUGAUUACUUCUUCACGGACAUAAGUGACACGCCUUUCAGCUUGGGAGUGGUGCUGGCCCGGGGCCAUGGAGAGCAUGUCCUCCUGGGGAACACGUCCGUGGAGGAAGGCCUGCACGACUUGCUUCAUCCAGAUCUGACCCUGGCGAGCGACUGGAUCUACUGCGUCACUGAUAUCGACCCGGAUCACAGGAAGCUUAGCCAACUGGAGGCCAUAGUCCGCUUCCUCACAGAGGAGGACCCAGACCUGGAGUGUGACGAAGAGCUGGUGCGGGAGGUGCUGUUCGAUGCCGUGGUGACGGCCCCUAUGGAAGCCUACUGGACAGCCCUGGCACUCAGCACCUCCAGUGAGUCAGAGCCUGGUGUGGACGUGGCCUUCCUAGGCACCCGGGCCGGCCUCCUUCGAAGCAGCUUAUUCGUGGGUUCUGAGAAAGUCUCCGACAGGAAGUUCCUGACACCCGAAGAUGAGGCCAGUGUGUUCACCAUGGACCACUUCCCCCUGUGGUAUCGCCAGGCUUCUGAGCAGCCCCCUGGAAGCUUUGUCUUCAACAUCCGCUGGGCAGAGGGACCAGACAGCUCCAACAAGCCAGUGGCAGUGAGGGCCAGCACCGCCGUGGCCGUGACCGUGGACGAGAAGACGGCCAUCGCCGCAGCUGUGGGCGUCCAGAUGCAGAUGGACUUCCUCCAGCGCCAGUUCUGGGCAGCCGUGCGGCAGUGCGGUGCAGCAGAGGGGCCGUGCCCAAAGAGCUGUGAGGACAGUGAUCUGGACUGCUUGGUCGUUGACAACAAUGGCUUCAUUCUGAUCUCAGAAAGGCCCGGAGAGACGGGGAGUUUCCUGGGGGAGGUGGACGGCGCCCUCAUGGCCCAGCUGCUUGGCAUGGGGGUCUUCAACCGCGUGACGAUGUACGACUACCAGGCCAUGUGCAAGCCCACAGAUCACCACCACAGCGCAGCCCGGCCCCUGGCCAGUCCUCUCUCUGCCUUCUGCACGGUGGCCAAGUGGCUGUUGCGGGAACUCUUGCUGUUCCUGGUGGAGUGGAGCACCUGGGGCUCUUGGCGCGACAAAGGGACAGAGGCCAAAGCUGUCUUCCAUCACUCCCACAAGCACAAGAAGCAGGACCUGCUGCACCCCUGCGACACGGAAUACCCCGUGUUUGUGCACCAGCCAGCCGUCCGGGAGGCCAACGGGGUCAUCCAAUGUGGAGCCUGCCAGAAAGCAUUUGUGAUGCAACAGAUUCCCAAGAGCAACCUACUCCUGUUCGUGACGGACGCCACCUGCGACUGCAGCACCUUUCCUCCCAUCCUGCAAGAGGCCACGGAGGUCAAAUAUAAUGCCUCGGUCAAGUGUGACAGGAUGCGCUCCCAGAAGCCCCGCCGGCGACCGGACUCCUGCCAUGCCUUCCACCCAGAGGAGAACGCCCAGGACUGUGGCCGAGCUUCAGACACAGUUGCCUCGCUACCCCUGCUCCUACUGCCUCUGUCAACCUCCCUGCAUCUACCUCAGCUUCUACAGUGAACCCCCAAGCCACCCCCAUC